AUGGCCAUCGCAAAUCAAAGAAACAAACCGAGAGCAGCUCGGCAAAAGUCGAAGCUUAGUAAGAAAAGUAUCGUUGUUGCUGGUGAACCUCAAAAAGUGAAAAACACGUCAUCAUCUGCUACUGUUGAUGUAAAAGAGGAGCAAAAGGAAUCAGACUCGGUUGAUCCGUCUACUAAUAAGAGAAAAAAAUCGAAUAGAAAAAGAGAUACUAAGAAGAGAAAGAUUAAAGUGGAUUCGAUGAUCAAGGAAGAAUCAUCAGCUACAAGUCUCAACGAAUCGAUGGACGAACAAAAACCAAACAUUGAAAAUCAUGACACCACCAUCAUUAUCGAUACUGAAGAAACUUCACCAACAAAUAACGAAUGUAUUGCAACCUCAAUUCCACCAGAACUAUUCAUUCAAAUCUGCAGAUACUUGCCCCCGUUUGCUUUAUUGAAACUGGCGAGAACCUGCAAAUUAUACUAUGGGUGGUUAUCCUCCAAAGAAUCAAUCACCACACAGCAAAUCUGGACAAACUCCAGAUUGGAGUUCGUUCGUUCCCUUCGAUUACCUCCUCCAGAAGGGAUGGAUGAAAUCGCAUAUGUGCGUCUAGUUCUAGAGCGAGGGUGCCAGCUCUGUGGUGCCAAACAAGUUCACAAAGUUUAUUGGGCUUUUCGUGUGCGUAUCUGUCGUAAAUGCUACGAAGCAAAGACCGUUUCUGAAUACCGGGUGCAUGAGGAUCCAAGGUUUAGAAGUCCCAAGUUUCUACAUGGACUUCCGUAUUUUCAAACAACCUUGUGGAGUAGAAGUAGUCGCCGCUCGUUCAAUUGUAAAUUUUACUGGCUUGAAGAUGUAGAAAGGGCCAGCGAAGAGUUCAAGGCUCUUUCUCGAAAUCAGCAACACGAGUGGAUGCGAGAAAAAAUGCAACAUAUAACUGCGUACAUGCAAGAUGUAGAUGCUCGUGAAAUGGCAGUACAAAAUGAACGCAAGGCUCGAUCCGCGGAAAAAAAUCAUCGAUUGACGUUGCGUAGAACAGAACUUGAACGAAGACUACGAAACAUGGUACAAGAAACAGACGAAGAAAAUAAUCCGAUUUACGAUCUUAAUCGUCUUCGUCAAUGCAUUUCUUAUCAAAGAGCGAGAGGAGUCUCGAAUGAAUUGUCUGAUCGUGCGUGGACACUGUUGCAUAAUAAGUUAGUGAAAGAAUACAGUCAGACCUCGACUAUGCAAUGA